AUUACCAAAAGGUUAAUCAACAUCUGAACAUGCACAACUUCAAAAUAUCACAUGCCCGAACCUUUGUCUCUACAACCCGCACAAGCUAUCUUUCCUGGAUAAUGUCACCUCCAUCCUUCAGCGCCCCAAAGCGAAAAGCGAUAGAGAAAUCCAUAUCACCGCCGCCUCUGAAGCGCAAAGUGAAGAGUAAUAUAUCAGAAGGAGCCGUGGCUAGUUUCUUCACACCGACGUCUCAGAAGCCUAAAGAACGGACGACCUGGACCGAGCGCGCCGCCGAUGAUGACGCGCCACCGACUUUACUCGUGGGCCGUUACGAGCCAGAAAACCUGGAGAAGCCAGAUCCUACGAAAAGGAAUAAGAUAGCCGCAUUCGAUCUUGAUUCGACAUUGAUCACCACGGUGUCGGGCAAGAGAUUUGGGGAUAGCCCUGAGGAUUGGAAGUGGUGGAAUAGUAGUAUACCGUCGCGCCUGCGACAGCUGUAUGCUGAAAACUAUCGCGUCGUGAUCCUUAGCAACCAAGCUGGACUAGUUCUACAUCCCGAAUUGAAACCGAAAGCACCGAAAGGCGGCAGCAAGAACAAAGUCGUGAACUUCAAGCAAAAAUGCAACGCCAUACUCGCGCAACUCAAUCUACCGACCGCGGUAUACGCCGCUACCGAAAAGGAUAUCUUCCGCAAGCCGCGAAUCGGCAUGUGGGCUGAAAUAUGUCGGGACUAUGGCCUAGGUGAGGACGAGGUCGACCUGGCCGGCAGCCUAUUUGUAGGUGAUGCGGGUGGCAGAAACCCAUUGAAGAGCCAAGGUAGCACCAAGGACUUCAGCUGUUCGGAUCGCAACUUCGCGCACAACGUCGGCAUCCCGUACCACACGCCCGAGGAAUAUUUCCUCGACGAGCCCCCCAGCCAAUUCUCCAGAGACUUCGAUCUGGAGAGCUAUCCAUACCCCGCCGAAGACAGCAGCAGUACUGGCAAUGGCGAUGUUGUGUUCGAGAAAACGAAUAAGCAGGACAUAGUGCUGUUCGCUGGUCCACCGGGCGCGGGCAAGAGCACAUUCUACUGGCGACAUCUGAAGCCGCUAGGCUACGAGCGCGUGAACCAGGAUAUUCUGAAGACGCGAGCCAAGUGCUUCAAAGUGGCCGCGGAGCUGCUGAGCGGAGGGGACUCGAUAGUUAUUGACAGCACGAACCCGCAUUCGGACGGCAGGAAGGAAUGGAUCGAGCUAGCGAACAACUACAACGUGCCCAUCCGCUGCGUGUGGUUCAAGGCCCCGAAAGUCGUGUGCGAGCACAACGACGCCGUGAGGGCUUUGAACAAGUCGCUCAACCCCGAAUCCCGCACCAUCCUCCCAGCCCUCGCCUUCAACUCCUUCUACGCCCGCUUCAAGGAGCCGCGGGCCAAGGAGGGGUUCCAGGACAUCGUCGAGCACGACUUCAACUUCUCGGGCACUAGGGACGAGUAUGACGUCUGGGCGCGGUACUGGAAUUGAGUUACGUAAGUAAGUAGCUCAGGUUAGGUGUGAGAUUGGUCGAUGCGUUUGCGCGACUACCUACAUAGCUUUGUAUGCUUGUGUGAUUGUCCAUGUACCUACAUUACAUAGGUAAUAUGUAAGACUACCAUACCUACAUUAUGCUUACAAAUAGGAGAGAGCCUUUGCAUAUGUAUGUAUGUAUGUAUGUAUGUAUGCAGACAGUAUCAGUGAUGUUGUGUAUAUAAUGUUUGUCAGUCCUAGGUAGAUUGUCCAUUUGCUCG